AUGGAUAAAGAAGUAGAUGAAGAAGAAUCGACUCAUAAUAAAAAUGAUAACAUUGAUGAGAUAAUUAAAGAAAAACUCGACGAGUUUUUGAUUGCAAAAGAAAAUCAAUCAGUAUUUGAAGACAAUGAUGACAAACACAAAUAUAAUGAAACUGCUGAAGAAAAAAAUUAUGACAAAAAUGAAGAAGAGAAUGCAAUUUCUAAAGAAACUUUUGAAGAAAAAAACAAAUCGGGGUUUAAUGAAAAUGACAUCAAUGAUACCAAAAAUUACGAAGAAAAUCAAUCUUCCAGAGAAAUAGAUGAUGAACGGGAUAAAGAUCAAACAGAUGACGAGGAAAGAGACAUAGAAAAAGGAUUUCUAGCUAGCAAUGAAGAUUUUAGCUCUGGUAGCGGUGACGGUUAUGUGCCAAACAGCGAAUCAAGUGAUGAUAAAUCAAGCAUACACUGUCCUCCAAAGAAGAGAAAUCGAGCACCCGUAACUAUAAAUGAAAGUGGUGAUACAUCAAGUUUAUCAGAAAGUCUUCUUAAUGUAAGAAAAGUUGAAGAAGAAAUGGUAGAUGCAGAAGAAGAAAAGGUGGAUGCAGGAGAAGAAAUAGUGGAUGCAGAAGAAAAAAUAGUGGAUACAGCAGAAAAAGCAGUUGAAGAUAAUUUAGAAGAUCCAGGUACUUCUGGAAACAAGACAGAUAACGCAUACUGUUAUAUGUGGCCUGAAUCGACUGGGGCUAACUGA